AUGAGGAAUAUUGUAGUUGGUUUUGAUGCUGAUUUGAUGAAAAUUAUGGAUAGACUAGCAAGACCCUCGCUGGGACGAGAAGUUCUAGCAAUUGUGGGGAUGGGUGGCAUUGGUAAAACUACUCUAGCUAGACAAAUGUUUGAUCACCCUGAUACUGCUUUUCAAUUUCAUUGUCGGGCAUGGGUUACAGUAUCUCAAGUAUACCAAUUGAGAAAUUUGUUGCUUGAUCUUUUGCGAUCUGUUACUAAGCCCUCUGAUAAAGUUCAUGAAAAGUGCAGUGAAAAGACUAAUGAAGAUCUUACUGAUGACUUGUAUAAAUGUCUAAAAGGUAGGAAGUACCUGGUUGUUAUGGAUGAUGUAUGGAGUAAUAAGGCCUGGGAUUGUAUCCAAAUGUGUCUUCCAGACGACAAAAAUGGUAGUCGAAUAGUAAUGACCAGCCGGUUCGUGGAAUUAGCAACCUAUGUCAGUCCAAAGAACCAUCCUCAUUGUAUGAGUCUUUUGGAUAUAGAGCAAAGCUGGGAACUGUUGGAAAAACUUGUUUUUGGACUUGAAAGUUGCCCUCUUGAAUUGGUGGACUUGGGAAAGCAAAUAGCAAGAAAAUGCCAUGGAUUACCCCUUGCAAUUGUUAUUAUAGCUGGCACUCUGUCUAGAACUGUGAUGACAUCUGACUGCUGGAAGGAUUUUGCAGCUAGCGCAAGUUCAGUUGCACUCACUAAUCCAGAACAAUGUUUAGAUAUACUUGCUCUAAGUUAUAACUACUUGCCCCUAUACCUUAAAAUUUGCUUUCUAUACAUGGGGACCCUUCCUGAAGAUUAUGAGAUUGAAGUUCAGAAGUUAAUUCGUUUAUGGAUUGCUGAGGGCUUCUUGAAAGCAAGUUCUUCAAAUAAUCCUGAAGAUGUAGCGGAGGACUACUUGGAAGAUCUUAUUGAUAGGAGUUUAGUUUUGGUUGGGAAAAGGAAUGUAGAUGGCAAAAUCAAAACUUGUCGACUACACGACCUCUUGCGGGAAUUAUGUUUGAGGGAAGCUCAAAAAGAGAACAUCAUGUCUGUAAUAAAACAUGAGAACCAAAGUUUUCCUGCAAAAGAUAAUCAAAAUUUUCUGGUUUUGCACUUGAACUCUGAUGCUGAUGUCCACUUAGCACCUCCAUAUACAAGCAUGGUUCAAAGUCACGGUCGCGGCUUGAAUCGUUCCACAUCAGUCUCGGCAUAUCGGUCGCGGUCUCGGGGAGACGCGAAUUUUUAA